AUGUCCGACUCGUCUGAGGCUCCCAAUGCCCCUCAGGCUGCUCCUCCCCGCACGACCUCCGAGAUCUUCAACGAUCCCUCCGCCGAUGUCAUUCUGAUUUCCUCUGAUCAGGUUGAAUUCCACCUCCAUCGCGUUGUCCUCGGCCUUGUUUCGCCCAUCUUCCGCACCAUGUUCACACUUCCUCAGCCUCAGGCGCCGGAUGCCCACGUCAAAGCGCUCCCCAAGGUCCGCAUGAGCGAGUCGUCCGCAGUCCUCGAGCAUAUGCUGGCCUUGUGGUACCCUGGGGUUCCGCCGCCCACGACGACAAUGACGCUUGCCGAGCUUGAGGUCGUGCUGGAGCUAGUCAUCUUGAAGUAUGACAUGCAGUCCCUGAUUACAAUAGCCCAGGGACAGCUGCGCAACUUCUUGGCCUCCGACGCGCUGGCGGUCUUUGCUGUGGCGAUGCGGCACAGCUGGCAGGAUCUGGCGAAAGAGGCGGCCAAAGAAUGUCUGAAAUUGCCUCUGCGAACAAGCACAUAUGCUCUGCCAGCCUCAUGGAAGCAUCUCUCCCCCCAUUCACUCCACAGGCUCUUGCAAUAUCAUAUUGGCUGCCAUGAGGCCUUAACAGCAUUAGCCAAAACGUCUGCCUGGGACUAUGAUUAUGUAGGGUGGCCCCAAUGCCCUAAUUGCUCUGUCAAAUGGACCGGUUCUGGCACUACUACACUUGGGACGAAGUCCUUCUUCAAGUCUCUGCUCAGCAAGCUGGCACAGGAAUAUCAAUACACUCCUGGUCGCGCAGUGGAGGUAGGAAGUUUGAGCUUCCAAGAGUUGGUUCUUCGACUUUUCAAUACGGAGUGUGGACCACCAACUACAUGUUAUCAAUGUCGUUACAGAUAUUAUCAAGCCACCAUCAGUACGCUGCAGCAUCAGUGGCCUCAAAGGUUGAUCGAUGAGUUUGAAACACUGAUGGUAUGA